AUUGGAAUCUUGUAGCCGAACUGCCGAACCUCACCUGGCUCACCAGCAAUCAUCAUCCGAACCCUUAUCCGAACCAAAAUCCAAAUAACGAAACGACAACUGAAUCGUAAAAUUACCCGCCUUCCCCCACCUAUCGGCGGGUGUCUCAAAUCUUCCGGCAGCGGUGGAGCUUCCCCUUCUGCUCCGGCCUAAACCCUAAUCUCAUCCGUUUCGAAAAUUUCCAACCUAUUCUGUUCUAGAAUCAACCGCCGCGACAGAGUUAUCGAAGGCCGCACUUAUCCGAGUGUGCAGAUUGCUGAAUUGAAAUUAGGUUAAAGUAUUGGAUUGGAUAUGAGCUGAUUUUAGCAGAACAUGAGUAGACUAUCAAUCAGGCCGCGUCCACUUGACUUUAACAAGAAGCUUCCUAUAGUCAAAUCUUUCAAGGAUUUCGAUGAUGACAUUGAGAUUCCUUCUAAUACCCGCAACCAGAUUCUCCGCCUUGCAGCUGAAGCAGCAGAAAAUGAGGUACAUCAAGUUUCUGUCAAGAAACUGGCUUCUGAAAUACCUACUCCGGAGUCUGUCAUUGUAGAUACAUAUGAGAGCGAUUAUUUGCCCAAUUUUGCCCAGCCAACGUCAUAUAUACAUGCAAGGGGAGCUCGAGCUGAGCUUGGGGAAUUUGUGGAGUAUGAUCUUGAUAAUGAAGACGAAGAUUGGCUUCAAGAUUUCAACAUAGAAAGAAAGGCCCUUCCAGCUGAAAAGCUUGAGAUGAUACUGUUUAAACUCGAAGUUUUAGACCAUAAGGCUCGUGAAAGAGCAGGAGCAAUUACUCCUACUUUUGCAUCACCAAUCCCUGUGCUUCUUAGUUUUGAUGCUGCUGUUGAGGCUUUGCAAUCUAUUUCCACUACAUAUGGAGUUUUCCAGUCUAUUUAUAGCUACUGGAAAGAAAAGCGUGAAAGAUGGCAGAAGCCCAUUCUUCGGCGCUUGCAGCCACCUCCAUCUGUUAAUGAUACUAACCCAUAUAAUGUAUUUAGACCAAGGGAAAAGGCUCACAGGCUUCACACUAGGAGGAUGCAAAGGAGGGAAAACAAUGUUCAAUCCUUUGAAAAGCUUCGCCAGGUUAGACGCAACCUUGAACAAGCAAAGUCCAUUCUUGACACUCUUGUGAAGAGAGAAGAGAAAAAACGAGACCUUAUGGAGAGUGAAGUUAGCCUUCAGAGGAUUCAAAUGCAACAUAAGAAUGAUACUGAGCUUCUAAAAGAUAUGUUUGCCCUACAAGGAUUUCAUUCAUUUCCAAGCAUGGUUGGUUCAAGUGAUGAAGAAUUUGUUGACUCAGAUGAUGCUGAUCUUAGCCACCCACCCAAACGACCUUAUAUGGCGGUACAUAAUCAUCCUUCCUUCGACCCAAAGAUCAGGUUGGGUUCUGCAGGAAGCAUGAGGCGAGUGUUCAAACGACGUCAGGCCCCAAACGGAUGGCUCCAAAAUUUGGAGCCUGGGGAACCUGUUUUGCUGUUCACAAAGCCUCUGGAUCCCGAGAGACUGGCAGCUGCAGGCAUUUCUAUGCCUCCAUCAACAAGUUCUUCUCCACGCUGUCGUGGGCGUAUUGGCCGGGGCGGCCGACUGGUGUUUGACAGGUGGAACCUGCUUAUGCACACACCCAUUGACUGUGGAGAUGCUUUAUACGUAGCGCCAAAGCCUCGACAAGCCUCUCAUUUCUGACAGUCAAUUCCCUAGCUUUACAGAGUACUGCUUGGAUAUCAUGGAAAGCUUUGCUGGUAGAGAGAUCAACCAAUUGUUUCAAGUUAGUUGCUUUCUUUUCAAAGCUAUUACACACUAGUUAGAUAAGAUACUCUAAUUGUAAUUUGUGGAAAUGUAAUAGUAUUUGUUUAAGUUAUAAUGAAUUAUCAUGCUCCAUCACUUUUCUUGAUCCGCUUUUCUUUUGUGCAACUUUAUUAUUACUUGCUCCAGCUUCCAUUUUGACCACUGUCACAAUAUGGAAACACAAGUCUUACUUUUUGGUAUUG